CAGGCGAUCUCGUUGAGGAAUUUUGGCCAUGUCUUGUGUGCGUAAGCUUCGCAAAAGGACGAAAUCCCAGGAGUUAGUUUACCAAGAGCAGUGCAAGAUCGUGGCACAAGAGAAUGGGAAACGCAUAGGUCUGGAGGGAGACCCGGACCUGCAGUUUUUGCUGAAAGGUGGAGACCUACUAAAGGUGAAGUCCAGGUCAUGGAGAAAGACCCGCUACUUUUGGCUGAAUGAAGACUGCAAGACUAUGUGGCAACAGACCAGCAAGACUUUCAAGAGUGACUCCAGCUGUAAGUGUCUCUGCUGUCCCUUUAUUCAGUGUCUGUUUGAAAGAGAGGCCUCUGCUCCUCUUAGCUUUCGGCCUGGUUCCUCCUGGCCAAAGGCCUCAGAUCAGACCUCUUUAUCUGCUGUCUGCCAGACUGUGGCUGCCUCCUCUUUGUCCUGCAUGUGUGUGAUUAAGUAA